AUGAUGAAAGAAGAGAUGAAAAUGUCGAAAGUGGACAUGCAUAGAAGCCCAACAACACAUGUAUGUACACAUGAUGGUAAUACAAAUUCUAAAGAAUUUUUAAAUGAAACAAUAAAGUAUAGUGUAUACCGAUCGUGUCUCUUACUUCUGUCUGGCAUACAAUUGCACUUUAUGGGUGAAUACAAGAAGGAAAAUAAAAAGAAAAAAAUUACAAGUUUAAACCAAGGAGAACUUACAAAAGAAAAGAAUCAUACUUGUGAGAGACAAAAGAUGUUCUUGCAUUAUAAUUUCAUACGUGACUAUGAAAUGUAUCAUAUGGAACCAAAAAGGUCAUCCAUGAAUGAUCAAGAAUCAUGUCUUAUACCACUUUAUAAGAAAAAGUGA